AUGGAAGGCCAAAGAAUCAGUGUUAACCGUGCUCCUUGUGCUAUGUGUACCACCAAAAAUAAAGUCUGCCGUCGAAAUUGCAAGUCUGCACUUUAUUUUCCUGCAGAAAAACAAAGGGAGUAUGAAAGUGCACAUGAGUUAUUUGGUACGCCAACUAUUAUGAGAAUGAUGCGAUCCGCAGAUGAUGAAGAAGAAAUGAGCAUGUUGGCAUCGUCCAUACUCAUGGAAGGUGAAGCUUGGACAAAAGAUCCAGUGAAAGGUGCAUUUGGAAUUAUCCAAAAACUAAAGUGGAAAAUUGCAAUGCGCAAGAUCUACCUUGAUGAACUACAUGAGAAGAUUAAAGCUGUUAGAAAAGAAACCAAACUCGGUCUUUAAGUUAAUGAUUUAGUAUGUUGCAUAUCAUUUAUGGAUAUAGCAUGUACUAUAUCAUUUAUCUAUUAUGUAUUUGAAAAUUUUAUGAUCCU